AACCUCGCACAGUGUCUCCGGAACCACUGCCCUGUGUAGCCCCAGGCUGUCCCAUUGCUCUUGGUUCCUUCUAGCACCUCCUGGACAUGGCUCUCAGAGCAGGUUCCAGUGCCUCCUGCUCACAGCCCAUCUCGGGACUGCUGCUUUGGGGGUUGCUGUUCCUGUCAGCCUCAAUGGCCUUCUCCACAGGUGAGGACAGAGCCUCUGCACCACUCCCAGGAGACCUUGAAGAAGGAGAUGGCAACCCGCACUGUCUGUGUCCAGAGACUACCUCCAGGGUCCGUUUCAAGCGCAUCUCCAGCCUGGAGGUGAUCAGGGCCAGUCUCUACUGUCCCAGUCCCCAACUGAUAGCCACCUUGAAGAAUGGGCUGAAAAUCUGCGUGGACCCAAAGGCUACUCUGUAUAAGAAAAUAAUCAAGAAAAUUUUUGAGAGUUAGUUACUAGCUGCCUCAGUCUAUAUAUCUGCUAUACAGCAUGUUUUACUUUGCUUUCCAUUUUCAAUCUAAGCAUGGAAAUUUUUUUCUGAUGUUUAUAUUUCACAUUCAAAACAAAUAAAAUGAAUGAUGUUAUAAUAUAA